CUCAUUGUAGAGAGAGAGAGGGGGGCCACUUGGGGGAGGGAGGGGUUGGGGUCGAGACAUACGGCGGGUAUCAUAUUUGUAGACGUAUAAAACGGGGGUGAGAGGCAGAGCACUUCUUCCAAGAGAGGAGUUCUAGUUUCUCUUUACAUCUUCCUCUCUUGGAAUGAGAGCUCGUUCAUUAAAUUACUGAACUCUUCCUCUCUCGCUCUUCACAUCUCUCUGAUCUAGCGGGGGAGAAAUCCUUGCCAGUGCUUUGAAGGAACCAUGGGUGGUGAUAAAGCAAUCAGUCUUGAAGAGAUUAAGAAUGAGACUGUUGAUCUGGAAAAAGUCCCAAUUGAGGAAGUCUUUGAGCAAUUGAAAUGCACCAGGGAGGGACUAAGUACCGAAGAAGGGGCCAACAGGCUUCAAAUUUUCGGCCCUAACAAGUUGGAAGAGAAGAAGGAAAGCAAAUUUCUCAAGUUCCUUGGUUUCAUGUGGAAUCCACUCUCUUGGGUGAUGGAGGCUGCAGCUAUCAUGGCCAUUGCACUGGCCAAUGGAGGCGGAAAGCCCCCGGAUUGGCAAGAUUUUGUUGGUAUUGUUUGCCUGCUUGUUAUCAACUCUACUAUAAGUUUCAUUGAAGAGAACAACGCAGGAAAUGCUGCUGCAGCCCUUAUGGCUGGUCUUGCUCCUAAAACAAAGGUUCUCAGGGAUGGUCGAUGGAGUGAGCAGGAAGCUGCUAUUCUUGUACCUGGAGACAUUAUCAGCAUUAAGCUGGGAGAUAUUGUCCCUGCUGAUGCUCGUCUUCUUGAAGGUGAUCCUUUAAAGAUUGACCAAUCUGCUCUCACAGGAGAAUCCUUGCCUGUGACCAAGAACGCGUAUGAUGAAGUUUUCUCUGGCUCGACUUGCAAACAAGGUGAACUAGAAGCAGUAGUCAUUGCAACUGGUGUUCACACUUUCUUUGGAAAGGCGGCACAUCUUGUGGACAGCACCAACCAGGUGGGACACUUCCAGAAAGUGCUCACUGCAAUUGGUAACUUCUGUAUUUGCUCCAUCGCCGUUGGUAUGGCUGCCGAGGUAAUAGUGAUGUACCCAAUUCAGCACAGGCCAUACAGAAAAGGAAUAGAUAACCUCCUUGUUCUUUUGAUCGGAGGCAUUCCCAUUGCUAUGCCCACUGUCUUGUCUGUCACCAUGGCUAUUGGAUCCCACAGGCUAUCCCAGCAGGGAGCUAUCACCAAGAGAAUGACUGCUAUUGAGGAAAUGGCUGGAAUGGAUGUCUUGUGUAGUGAUAAGACUGGAACUUUGACCCUAAAUAAAUUGACUGUUGAUAAAUCCUUGAUUGAGGUAUUUGCAAAGGGUGUGGAUCCUGAGCAUGUGCUACUCCUUGCUGCAAGGGCGUCCAGAACUGAAAACCAAGAUGCUAUUGAUGCUGCCAUUGUUGGUACGCUUGCUGAUCCAAAAGAGGCAAGAGCUGGUAUCAAAGAGGUUCACUUCUUUCCUUUCAACCCUGUGGAUAAAAGGACUGCUUUGACGUACAUUGACUCUGAAGGGAACUGGCACAGAGCUAGCAAGGGAGCCCCUGAGCAGAUUUUGACUCUAUGCAACUGCAGAGAAGACUUAAAGAAAAAAGUUCAUAGUGUUAUCGAUAAAUUUGCCGAGCGUGGGCUCCGGUCUUUGGCUGUUGCCAGACAGGAAGUACCAGAGAAAUCGAAGGAUUCCCCAGGUGGUCCAUGGCAAUUUAUUGGACUCUUAUCUCUUUUCGAUCCUCCCAGACAUGACAGUGCUGAGACCAUCCGCAGAGCUCUAAACCUCGGUGUCAAUGUCAAAAUGAUUACUGGUGACCAACUUGCCAUUGGUAAGGAGACUGGCCGUAGGCUUGGUAUGGGAGUAAAUAUGUACCCAUCUGCUUCUUUACUUGGUAAUCACAAGGAUGAGUCUAUAGCCGGCCUUCCCGUUGAAGAACUGAUUGAGAAGGCAGAUGGUUUUGCUGGGGUGUUUCCAGAGCACAAAUAUGAAAUCGUGAAGAAACUGCAGGAGAGGAAGCACAUUGUUGGAAUGACUGGUGAUGGUGUCAACGAUGCCCCUGCUCUGAAGAAGGCAGAUAUUGGAAUUGCUGUUGCUGACGCUACUGACGCUGCAAGAGGCGCUUCUGACAUUGUUCUCACUGAACCUGGGCUUAGCGUUAUCAUUAGUGCAGUGUUGACUAGCAGAGCUAUAUUCCAGAGAAUGAAGAACUAUACAAUAUAUGCAGUGUCUAUCACCAUCCGUAUUGUGUUUGGCUUCAUGUUUAUUGCAUUGAUUUGGAAGUUUGAUUUCUCCCCCUUCAUGGUUUUGAUCAUUGCCAUUCUGAAUGAUGGUACAAUUAUGACCAUCUCUAAGGAUAGAGUGAAGCCAUCUCCAUUGCCUGAUAGCUGGAAGUUGAAAGAGAUUUUCGCCACUGGUGUAGUUCUUGGAGGCUAUCUUGCUCUGAUGACUGUUAUUUUCUUCUGGCUGAUCCAUGAAACCGACUUUUUCUCCGACAAAUUUGGAGUUAGAAGUAUCAGAGACAGCGAGGAUGAAAUGAUGGCUGUUCUAUACUUGCAAGUGAGUAUUGUUAGCCAAGCCCUAAUCUUUGUGACCAGGUCUCGCAGCUGGUCAUUCGUGGAACGCCCUGGACUUCUGCUCCUGACUGCUUUCAUGAUUGCUCAACUGGUUGCGACUCUGAUAGCUGUGUAUGCCAACUGGGGUUUUGCAAGAAUUCAAGGCUGUGGUUGGGGAUGGGCUGGUGUUAUCUGGAUUUACAGCAUCGUCUUUUAUCUGCCCCUCGACUUGAUGAAGUUCGCCAUCCGUUACAUCUUGAGUGGAAAGGCGUGGCAGAAUCUGUAUGACAACAAGACUGCUUUCACAACCAAGAAAGAUUACGGAAAAGAGGAGAGAGAAGCACAAUGGGCUCUUGCUCAGAGGACUCUGCAUGGCCUUCAAACGCCAGAAGCUAACAACAUUUUCAACGAGAAGAGCAGCUACCGUGAAUUGUCAGAAAUCGCAGAACAGGCCAAGAGGAGAGCGGAGAUUGCAAGGUACAAACUCAACUUAGUUCAAUGUAUUAUUCCUUUGGUUGAAAAUGAGCUAAAACUUGUAGGCCAUAAUUCCACAGGCUACGGGAGCUGCACACACUCAAGGGGCACGUCGAGUCUGUUGUGAAGCUCAAGGGGCUCGACAUUGAGACGAUCCAGCAACAUUACACCGUCUAAACAAAAGCCUAACGAGGAGCUGUUCUGGGACGAGAGCAUAUAUUCGAAGAACAGACUAAUACCUUUUAGAUAAAACUGUUCUUAAGAGGAACAAGACAGUGACAUGCCAAAUUCCUCGUUAUUUCUUGUGUUUAUUGUUUCUUAAUGUAAUGUCAGUCAAGCUGCCCUAGAAUGGGCUGAUCUUUGGCUCUUUAUUGAGUACGAUGACAUCUCCCUGUUACACAGUUUUCAGGAGCCCGAAUCUUGUAUUUUUCCAUCUGCUUUCAUCUUUUUCCUAGUUAAUCUAUAAUGACUCUUCACUCAAAGAUGUACGUGAUUGUGAAGAAAAACCAAAAGUUUCUUUAUUUAAAUUGUUACUCAGAAAA